ACUGAUUGUGGUUUAGUGGAAUGAAGAGUAUAAUAUUUAUUAUAGGCAACCCAAAUAACGAAAACAUUAACGUAACCUAACUUUGGUGUACACAUGUUAUUAUUAUAGAAUUAGCAUCAAGAUGGGGAAGUUGAAUGUGACUCUAUUGAGAUAUUUAACAGCGGAAGAUUUCCGUGUGUUAACUGCUUUGGAGAUGGGAAUGAAGAACCAUGAGCUAGUUCCGGCUGCUCUAGUUGCUUCAAUUGCUAAUCUUCAGCAUGGAGGUGUACACAAGCUGCUGAAGGAUUUGUGUAAACACAGAUUGCUCAGUUAUGAGAGAGGGAAAAAGUAUGAUGGUUAUCGCCUUACAAAUUUAGGAUAUGAUUUUCUCGCAUUAAAAACAUUGACAAAAAGAGAUGUGGUUGCAUCUUUUGGAAAUCAAAUUGGUGUUGGCAAAGAGAGUAACAUCUAUGUUGUUGCAAAUCAAGAUAAUGAGCCGCUUUGCUUGAAAUUGCACAGAUUGGGCAGGACAUGCUUCAGAAAUAUUAAAGAUAAAAGAGAUUAUCACAAACAUCGUAAAAACGUCGGAUGGCUAUAUUUGUCGAGGAUAUCUGCGACGAAAGAAUUUGCAUAUAUGAAAGCUUUACAUGAAAGGGGUUUUCCUGUUCCAAAGCCCAUUGAUUUCAAUAGGCAUUGUGUUGUUAUGGACUUGGUGAUUGGCAAACCUUUGAUAAACGUCAUGGAAGUGAGUGACGUUGAAGGCUUGUACGAUGAGUUGAUGAAUUUGAUCGUGAGAUUUGCAGAUUCCGGCGUAAUUCACGGCGAUUUUAACGAAUUUAAUAUUAUGAUCAACGAGGAUGAACGACCGAUUAUUAUUGAUUUCCCGCAGAUGGUUUCAACUGGUCACAUAAAUGCUGAAGUAUACUUCGACAGAGAUGUUACUUGCGUUAGGGAAUUCUUUAAAAAGAGGUUCGCUUAUGAGAGCGAAUUAUACCCGAAGUUUUCCGAUGUCGAAAGAAACGAUAAUUUGGAUGCUGAAAUUCAUUGCUCAGGAUUCACUAAGAAAAUGGCUAGAGAUAUCAAUGUUGAAUUAGGAAUUGAUAGUGACGAUGAUGAUGAAGAAGAUGACGAGGUUGAGGAUAAUGUCAGCGACGAUGAAGAUAUUGAAAAUAAUGUCAGCGAGGAUGAAGAAGUUAAAGAUGAGACAGAAGAAAUUCAAAAAGUUAAAGAUGAUAUAGAAGAGAUUACAAAGGCAACAGAGAAAGUUGUUGUGACCAAAGAAGAGUUUUGCACUGUUGAUAGUAUUUUUGAUAAGUUGAAGGGCGAUAAUAAGCAACAUUUGCAGGUAGUGGAUGAUAAUGAAUCUGUAAAUUGUUCUGAGGGUUCAGAUGAGUUGUUUGAAAGUAGGAGUGUUAGAUCUUGUGCAACUACUAUUCAUCCAGAUGAAAUUAAGAAGAGGAUCAAGAAGCAGAUUUAUUCUAAAGAGAAGAGAAUACAAAGGAAGAAAUGUGUGGCCAAGGGAGAAGCUAGUGCUACAACUAGGGUUAGGAGAGAGAACGUUGAUACAAUUAAACAGAGCGAUGGAAUUUGGGGUUAAAUAUGUAUAUUAUUUAUAUUAAACAUUUAAUUUUUAAUAAAAUAUAAAAAUAAGUUUGAUUUUCAAAUGUAACUAUUUAAAUCAUAUUUUACGUUAAUCUCUUUGCGGAAACUGAGUGAUGUUAGGAGUCAUGAUUGUA